AGUGAUUCGCCAAAAUUAAAAACAGGAUCUGCAAUCGAGGAAGUUCUAGGAAGGCUACAAAUAUGUGAUUCCUAUUAGCGAAGAACAUUAUUUGUUCUACAGCUCUAGCACGACUUAACCGACUUGGCAACGAGUAGAUCUCAGGCUCAAGGUAAUUUUCACGUUUUCCCAUCUUUUAUUGGGCCUUUAAUUUUGUUAGUCACGAACUUUGCGUCAGAAUGCUCUAGUCUGAGCUCCCGUCGAAAUUCCCAGGCAAGAAGAACGGCCGAGCCAUUCAGAAUUGAUUAAGACUUUUCAGUUAGAAGAAAAGGCCUUUCGACUAAUUGAACAUAGUAGGGUCCACUUAUGAAUACCCCUUCGUCAGAACUAGAAAGACACGAACGAAGUGGUUUUUUUUCUGGAAUUUUUUUAAUUCCCGGGAAGCAAGGUGUGUGACAGUUUAUUUUGCCCUGUUAUCCGGCAUUAUAUGUUCGAUCGAUUUCUGCUGGACGUUUUAAGAACGUUUGUGAAGCGUUUGUUGUAUCAAAUACACCGACAAUAAUAUAGGCAAGUGAGUAAUAUUUUUUUAGUUUAAUUCAUUUAUUGAGGUAGAAAAUGAAAUGCAAACUUAUUUUCUACAAGGGCUAACAGAAUGAGAAAUAAGCGGCACUUUUAAUUUUGAGAGUCUCUAUUUAUGUAUAUAAUAAUUUCCAUAUCAAAAUUUUACCAGCUCUAAAAUAUUCUACCAGUUUUAAUUAGAAACUUGGUGAUCAUACAACUUGGUAUCUAAGUGUUAAAUGCACGGCUAGCUAUAGUGAACAGAAAGCAAAUCCAAGUCUUUCACUCAGUUCCAUGAUCAAGGAUUUUUAAGUAACCACAUAGGCCAAGAUAAAAAUUGUUUGAAAGUGAUGCUUAUUUUAAGACCGUGCAGCACCUGACAGCCUUGAGUUGAAAGCGAGUAAUUCGCGCAAAAUUUUUAUGAAACCCUUGAAUUUUAGUGUUAGGUACCAUGAUCGAUUAAUUUCAUUCAUUGCUGCCUCUUCAUUAUUAUGUUUACGCCGGUACACGCCGGCAGGAACAAAGACAUUAACCAAUUUCAAGCCACGUCCACUUGAUGUCUCUGAAAUGUUGCGAGAUCCCGACCAGCAGGGUAUUUUGUCUUUUUAGGCGCCUGGAAACAGAUUUUUUAAUGAAACUUCCGCUUUAAUAACGGCAUUAACCUUAAAUUGCACUUUGUUCGAAGGAAACUGAAUACUGAUCUAUUUUUUUUCCAAAAGUAAAUAAAACAAUGAUACAGAACAUCCUCGCUUUUUGAUUUUCAAUGAUAUUUCCCCAGCGCGAGAAGCUUUAAUUUUGCCACAUAAUUUGACUGCUUCAACUUUUGCGCACGAAAUCGUUUUUGCUGAUUUUUGUCAAACUAUUAAGUAUUAAAAACCAAUAAUAAGAAAACGUGAUAUGAGUUACUUUUCACUCACCUCUUUUCCCAAAUUGAUUCCUCCUUUUUACCUUGUAUUAUUUCUUUAUUCAGUUCAAUUUUAUUCAUCAGUUUAUAGUUUCAGGGUCGAAGCGAGUUUGGCAGUAAUUUUUGUUUAGUAUUUAUUCUAAUUGUGAUUGGCUGAACAUCUCGCACCCGCCAAAUCUUCUAAUAGCCUAUCAAAAGUCAGUCCAGAAUGACCUUCACUAUGUUACAUAAAAUUACAGCAAUUCAUCUUUAUGUCCUUUUGUUACUGCCUGGAGUGCGACUUUAUUUUUUCCCCUACGUUUUAGCAUUACAGAAUAUAUUAAGUUAACCUGAACGGCCCAUGCUCGCUUUAUAACAUUAUUUUUACUUUCUACUUGCUGACAAACCUCUGGCUGCGAGUUUUCAUCUUUUAAAAAAACAAAUGCGCUUAUGUAUGAUGUAGGCUCUUCAGUCAAACCUCUAUCGCCGUGGGCUAUCCUUUCAGUUACUGUAAAAUGUAAACGUGAAUUAGUUAAAUCUAUUACGUGUGAUGUGUCAAAAGUAUUCGGGGAACAAGUGCGCAUGUACAAACUAGUUUGUUGCCUACUACCUUUUGCUGCAGAUUAAAUUAAUAUGUAGAAUGUAGAGUUUAAGUUGUGCAAAUAUUCAUUGCAUGUGAUUCUCUGUUUACGUCUCUUAGUGAUCAGCACAUUUCUUUAUAACUAAAACCUCUUGUUGGAGGUUGAAAGUUUAUUACAAGUGUCUUUUUGUUGUUGUUGUUGUUUUUUUGUUGUUUUUAAUGUACUUGGAGCAAAGUCAUUUCUCACAUACCUUAGCAACAAGCUGCUUCGCAAAGGUUCGUGUCAAAAUCUAUUUUUCCGUGGAUACCUGAUGUUUGAAACAACGUGAAUUAAUAUAUCAAUCUGCUUGCGGUUGAAAGUAUAAUUCUGAGCAUUGUUAAAAUCACUCUACCUACCAUAAAUCAUUAAUGAGUUACAGGUAUUUUGAUGAAUUAUCUCACGUUUACUCUCUCCACUUCGACUAUACACACUUAAUUCACUUUCAGAUUAACUUUAAAAGUUCCAAGUGCGUAUGACUUGAAAAAAGUUGAGUUUUCUAUUUGUAAUUUUGUUGGCAUUUUAAGUAUAGAGCAAGUACAUUAGCGGAAGGUAGAUUUUGGUCGUAAAGGAUUCUAUUAAACCAUCGCCAUAAUAUGCGUACUUGAAAAUUUCGUUGGUGUUUAAACUCUGAUUAACUUACAAUUAUACUCUUAGCUAUAAAUCCCCUUAAAUUGAAAUGAUGCUAUCUUAACUUUCACCGCAGUAACAAUGAAAACUCUACAACGUAACCAUCCCGAAGUGCAAAUCCUUAACUAAACUGUACGUGUCGCCUCCAUGCCUUUUUUACUUUGUUGAGUAAUAAUUAACGCAAAAUUGCGUGUUAUCCGGACAGUGUCCUUGUUCUCGGCGUCCUUGCCACUGAAGGCGCUCGGUUUAAAAACAAUAUAUUAUAUUUUACACUAUAGUAAUGCACAGAAAACCUCAGUCAGCUAUCAUAAUUAAAAAGACUUACCAUUGGGACUGAUAGUUUAUAUUAAAUCCAGAAAAUCCCUUGCCGAUUUUUUUGGCCAUCCGUUUAAUUUUGUUUCAGUUGUAGAACCAGCGGCAGUAUUAUGAGCUAACAAGGGUUCUUUUCUUUUGAUAUCAUGCGCUUCCUUAAGGCAACAGAAUUACUAACCUCAUGUUGUGUUAAUUAUUUCCAUAUAUAUUUAUAAAACAAGAAAAAGCAAAACACCUGUCGUAGUAUGUGUUCUCAACUUUGCCGUCCGAUUCUUAUUAAUCAGUUUGUCUUGCAGAUCCGGUGCACUUAGAAUUUUAUAAAUGUUGUUUCGCUGAAGUGGUCCUUUAUCUAUAGUGAACUUUCAAAAUUUAUUUCGUUUCGUAUGGAAACAGUUCAUGAAUUGAAGAAAGACCGCAAAGAAGAGAACGUUCGAUCGUUUCGGUAAGUUGAAAAAGGUAAAUUAAAGACGGAAGGUUUUUUUCCCCUUUCCUUUUCGAUUUUAUUUAGAAAAGCAACCUGCAACCAGAAAUGGUUUAAUUAGUUAAAUUUCUCCUCCUAAUUGUCAAAUCUCGUCUCUUUUUGUCGUCAAGGAGAAAAAAAGAACAUUAUCGGGUUUUCCUCUUUUUAUGUAACAACACUUGUAUACAGAUCAGUUUUCUGUAUAGUUUAACAAUUUUUAUGAGAGGUAUGUGUCGAUAAUGAACAUGCUUUAGAUGAACCUAUGCUAACCAAAACCAAAACGCGAUCGUACAAUGAAUUUUUAUUAGCAUCAACGAAAUCUCCAACCAUUUUUCCCAGUUGUUCAUUACGAUUUUUGUUAUCCAAUUGAAAAUAGCUGAAUUUUGAUCUCGAGCAUUAUACAGCACUUAUCGCCGGCUCCCAUUAUAUGCAACCAAAAACAAAGACAUGGUAAUCUGAAAAGUCGAACAGUCUGUAAGACUGUUUGAAUUUGCGGCCAAAUUGGAUAAAUGUAUUAAAGUACGUACAGCCAUUUCAACAUGGGGAGAACCAGCCAUGUUUAACAUGACUUUUGCAAAGACAUUUACUUUCUCUGAGGGAGUUCUUGUAAAUAGCAGUAAAUUAGAUGAACCUAAUGAAAUGCGUGUAGUCAUUCAAACGCGGGUACAAGCAGCCAUGUUUAACUUGACUAUUACAAUUACAAUUUUUCGCACUACAUUAAAUAUUUAAUGUCAAUGAAAGAGAUAUUUUCAGCAGAAAUAAAUUUGAUACGAUAGUAUACCUGUUGCUAUACAACUACCCAACCUUCGAUCCGUUAGCCGCAAACUUGAGCUAAGGAAACAGCUGAUUCAAGACAGGUACGAUAGCAAACAAAUAAUAAUCAAAAGUUUUAUAAUAAUUACUCAAGUUUUAAGCCUUGAGGGAACAAGUCUCAUGAUUGGCAAAGUCUGCCACGUCCAAUAUCUUACCGUAUUUCGCUGCAUUUGGCUUUGAAACACGGAUCUCUGGCUCGAGACGGAAAGGUAAUCGAUGUUGAAUUCUUUGUUCUGGGUGAUGAGGAGUCUCUUGGUUCAGAAAGUAGGUUCUAGGAGUCAAGUCUAUUCGGCGAGAGCAAAAUUGAUGCUGAUUUCUAACCAAGCCGUAGACUUAGUUGGAAAAUGUUUUGAAGGCGAGUCCUUCAUCUAUCCCUUUAAAAAGUUAGUCUUUAUCCGGGAAUUCGAAUAAAACCCUGAACGGCUGUGACAGAAGUGUCUGAAGUUGUCUUAUCUGCCAAAAGAGGGAGGUUUUCCGAAAGCAUAAUUUGAUUAUAUUUCCCCCGUUUUUCAAAGUGUGGAAAGAUUGUGCCUUGUUGUCGAUAGUUUUAUCAGUGCCGCGAAAGUGUUUUACUGUGUGAUUUCGUGAAGUUGUUGACAGACAGAUUCCGGUAUGUCGUGAAGUUUAUGGUACAAGAAUAUUUUGUGCCAAGCAUGAAACCGCUUGCAUGAUUGUUUAGCUUAGGUGAUUUUUUCGUAGUAAACCAAUUCUGGGUUCAAGGAAAGUGGUUGUUAGGUCUUUUUUUGGCUGGGAUCUUGCAAUAAGCCUCUUUCCAGAGAAUAAAAGGUCACAAUUCUGUGCUUUUCAAAUGUAGUUAACUUCAUUUCCAAAUGUUUUUCACUCUUGCCAAGAGAAAUUUUUCGUCUGAUGACGGCAAUUAAGUUGUCGUUUUUAAGCCCUAACUCUCUAACUCUAGCGACUGUUUUGCAUUCGCCUCGAAGGGUCAAAACGCACUUGAAGGUAGGUACUUUUUUGGCAAAUCCAGACGUACAAAUAAGUUACUCAAAUAUGGAAUUGAAGACAUUCCUUUAAUUAUUUGAUUCAGAAUCGUCUCCAUUUUUUAAUACUGGUAUUUAUUUAUUUCGGCUUCAACUUCACACAGCAAGACUAUUUUUAAAUGCAAAAGAUGAUGAUGGGGUGCUUCUAGUUUGUUUGUUUCUAACUUCGCAUUUCAUUAGUCUCUAUUAAUCUUUAGUGAUAUUUUGAUGGUUUAUAUAUAUUUAUUUAUUUAUUUUUUGUUUUGUUCUGUAUAUUUACUUUUGUGCCAAGUUAUGAUAUUUAUGUUGUACCAAUGCAUUUGUUGUGCCUCGUUUCUGCUGUCUCAGUUUUAAUUAUCAUAAUUACGGUCACCCAACUAGUUUAGCUUUUUAUAGAUAUUUUGGGUGUCCCACUACUGUAUGUACUGUUUAUUUAUUUAUUUAUAAUUGUAUUCUUGUAAAUUCUUUUAGUUGUUUACAGUAGUAGAUUGUCGGGGAGAGUGUACCGAGGAGUGCGCUAAUUUGGAUGCUUAUAGAUGGAAAAUAUUUGCUAAGGAUAGUUGGAUAUUCCAGUUGUUCGGUAGUAACGGCAGUGUUAUUGGGCGCAUAAUACGGGAGAUUACUUACUCUCCCACGUUGUUUAUUUUUUAUUUAUUUGCAUAUUGCAUUCAUUUUGUGCGAAGGAAAAGUUACAUGUAUAUUUUAUUUCUGUAAAAUUUAUAUUUUUCUCGAUCUUCAGGAAAGAAAAGUUCAUUCUUUGUCCGCAUACAUUUUUGUUUGGUGAUUCAUCAAGUUUUGACGAUUGUUUUAGACCAAUGUCGAUAUUUUAACAUUCAUACUUGCCACCGAGGCUCAGAGGAAUAAAACAAAAGUAAUGUUUUAUUAAUUGCUGAGUCUCCAGAUGAAAUUGGCCCAUUUUACGUUUCGUUAAUUUUCUUAGUGGGGCCUGCAUGUUGAUUACAUGUAUUUUAUUCCAUUUGUUAUAGCGAAUAGGUUAUAACGACAUCACUCACAGAAAGAAAAGAUUCCCUGUGUAACUGUGAAAGAUCCUGCAAAAACUUCUGCUGAAAGAAUUUUGAGUAGUCUCGAAGAAUACCUUUCACGGGUUGGGUUCUUUCGAUGGAUGAUUGAAAAAUUCAACAUUGGGAAAAAUGAUCGGAGAUGUCGAAACAUUAAGGUCAUUUAUACGAAGUUUUUCUCGUCUUAGCUAAGACGCGUCUUAUCUAAGAACUGGUGUUAAGGGCUGUUCUAAAAUAAGACGCGUCUUCGCUAAGUUGCGUCUUAUUUUAGACGAAAUGUGCCGUUUAUACGGAAAGUUCGCGUCUUAUUUAAGAAGCGUCUUACAUAAGACGCGUCUUAUUUUUCCUCGUAUAAAUGGCCCUAUUGCGUCAACUUGCACAGUAUUCGCUAAAUUUGUUUUUGAAGAUAUUGUCAAUAAGUGUUGCUGAAUUAUUAUACACCCUUGUCGGCUUAUCAGUUGUCGGCAUGGCGUGGCUCUGUCGGCAAUUAAGAAGUUGUUGAGCAUAAUUACAAGUUUAGGCACUGAGAAUAUUUAUCUUAACAUCAACUCAAAACGAAAUUUUCGAAAAUUUGGUUUACCUGUACCUCUAAAGCGAUCAACAGUUGCUUCAAAAUAGUCUACAACACGUUCUGACGAAUUACUUUGCCUAUAGAUAACGCCAAGCCUACGCCACAGAUCAGUAAUAUAACUUUGCAUUUUAAAUUGUAGUUCAUUCCACAGAGCCCGAAGUGCCUCACCUUGAGGCUCACCUCCAUAAAAAAAAGAGGCGUUGGAACAAACCCAAAGUUGUAUUCAUGUAUGUUUGAAUUGAAAUAAAAAGAAAAAGUUAUUAUAAAUUCUAAUUUCUGACACUGCAAUAUUAAUGAAAACUAAGAAUGUGACUUCAAAAUCAUCCAACUUGCCUUUUAGGCUUCUUUGUAUGGGAAAAAGACAGCUUUCAUCAGGCGUAUUCACUUGGUUUAAAUAGUUGUUUUAAAAACCUUCAGGAGGAAUAACAUUUACAACAACAAAUGCUUUUGAAUAAUCAAGUUAGAUCUGGACCCGCUAUAGACGUAUCGUCCAUUAGAUUAAAUCUCUCAAUAUCGCAGAUACCAGUCAGUCGCUCGAGAUAUUUUUUCGUCGAUGGCAAGAUAUUAUUUAACCAAGUUAAUAACAAUAUUAUAUGGCACUUCACAGAACAAUUGUCAUAAUGAAAAGUUGGAGAAAAGUGCCAAUCAUUAAACUUAUCUUGGAGUUUAUGUCACCAUCUCCAAUUCCUGCUGACCUGACAAUGUAAAGUGCUGUGACAUCUUUUACCUUGAUGGCGCGGCUGUUCUCCGUGUACGGAAGAUAUCCUACAGAAUGUUUCAGCGAGCAGAAAGGGUAAUUAUGUCGUGACUUGAACAUGUUUUUUCUUAAACGUUUUUGCUUCCCCGAGAAGCCCCUGGACUGGCGUGGGGAGGGAGGUGUAGCACCAUAGAAUUGGAUAAAUCCGCAUGCAGUGUCCCUAAAGCCCACGUCUUUUUGGUCGACUUUGGAGAUUUCUCGACGGUGUUACAUAAUUGACUUCUCACACUACUCGCCUUACAAACCUACAAAUAAUCGGUUUUGGAAGGUCGAAGCGUUUCAUGAGAACACUCGGUGAGUUAUUUCGAUAUUAAAUGAUUCGAACGCAGAGAUUCGUCAUGUCCAUGAUAUGCUCGUUAGUUCCUGGGUCAAGAAUCCUCAGAAAUCUCGGUCACACCAACCAAUUUCACAAGUUUUAACUGUGUCGAACUAAAUUAUCAAUUUCGAUCGCCAUUUUGUCUACUCGGCAACUACUCGGCUCAAAAUAAAUCAAGUCGGUUACCAAGAGUCUUUAAAUCCUUCUUGGCUGCUACAUUAAAAACCUUUCAGAUCGUCAUAUUCCGCUCCAACAAAUUCUGCUGAUUUCUCAGUUUCAAGAUGCGGUUUACGGUCGCCAUGCGAACUACAGUCAGACACCUGACUUGGGUCACAUAGCUCUGGUACCUUCCUUUCUCCCUUCCAAUGUUGUUAAGUGACGGUUUUUUCGGUGGAGUUGUCCAACUUCGAGACAAAAAUUGGAAGGGAGAGGGAAAAAGAAGUCAAGGUCGUAAUUCAAGUGACCCAAGUUCUAAUGUCAUGAGUUUUAGAUUCAUAAGUCUUCAAUGCAGUUGAAGUCCGGCCAAUUCACCUUUCAAGCUGUUUAUUUCUUUCUUUAAUUUCUCACUUCCUGAAGAGAUUUAACAGUGGGAUUUGGCUUUCUUGUCAUUAAAGAUUGUCAAAAUUUUAGUCUUAGUACAGGGUUUGAAAAACGCGUCUACACAGUAUCGGAACUGAUGCCACGUUCUCGCUGAAAAGUUUCUGUCAGCUGUAUUUCUUUCUUUCGUUACUGGCCAAUUUACCCGCUGUGUUAAGGUACGAGUUCUGUGGAAAAAAAUUAAUAAAGAAACAAUAAAAAAGGCUAUUGAAUUAUAAAAGCAAAAUUAUAAAUCAGCUUUUUUUUAAUUCUUUGUAUAUAAAAUUAGAUUCGUCCACAACUUUCGCAAACUGAAUCACUCGCUGAGUUUCGCUUGCUCAGUCACAAUUACCUAAUAGCUUUCUUCAAUCAUUCGAGUCACUCGAUUCCCAUUGAACUCAUUUUUGACACAUGCAAAUACUUAUUUGGCGUUAAAUUUCAGCGUUUCUGACCCACUGUAAAAGAGAACACCUGCAGCAUUGGCUCUCUUCUAUUGGCAUAGAGGCCAAAUUAUCAAAAUUAUCAAGCUGUCAAAGCGCAUCUAAACCAAGUAGCUUUGUCAGAUUACCAGUGUCUAAGACAGUGUUUUUGGUCUUAUCAGGUGUGAACUACAAAGCCAGAAAAGAAGAAGGGACCGGUCGAAAUUCAGACGACAUAACACUCAUAGAUUAACACCUCGCACAUCUUCGGAACGCAUAAUUUCAUUAUAUUUUCCCCGUAGUUUGAAAGUGUGGAAAGAUUGUGCCUUGUUGUCCAUGGUUUUAUCAGUGACGCUAAAGUAUUUUACUGUGUGAUUUCGUGAAGUUGUUGACAGGCAGUAUUCAGGUAUGUCUUGAAGUUUGUGGUACGAGAAUAUUUUGUGCCAAGCAUGAAAACGCUUGCGUGAGUGUCUAGCUUGGGUGAUUUUCUCUUAGAAAACCAAUUCUUGGUUUAAGGAAGAUGAUGACAGCAAAUAAGUGGCCCCUUUUAAGCCCCAACUCUCUUGCUCCAGCGAUUUUUGACUGUUUUGCAUUCGCCUCGAGGGUCAAAUUGUCAAAACGCACUUGAAAGUUCUGUAGGUAACUUUUUUUCAAAUCCAGACGCACAAAUUAAGUUACUCAAAUAUGCGAUUAAAGACAUUCCUUUAAUUGUUAGAUUCUGAAUCGUCUCCAAUUUUUAAUACUGGUAUUAAUUUUGUCUCGGCUUCAACUUCACACAGCAAGAUUUUUCUUAAAUGCGAAAGAUGAUGAUGGUGUGCUCAGUGUGCUUCUAGUUUGUUUCGGGCAGAGUGUAUUAGUGUGGUAAUUUGGAUGCUUAAUUAUAGAUGGAAAAUAUUUGCAAGGAUAUUUGGAUAUUCCAGUUGUUCGGCAGUACCAGCAGUGUUAUUGGGCACAUAAUACGGGAGAUUAUACUUACCCUUCCACGUUGUUUAUAUUUUAUUUAUUUUCAUAUUGCAUUCAUUUCUUGUGAAGUAAUUAUGAUAAAAUGUGACAUAUAUAUUUUAUUUCUGUAAAAUUUAUAUUUUUCGUGAUCUUCAGAAAAGAAUUAAGUUCAUUCUUUGUCCGCAUACAUUUUUAAUUCUCUUGGUGAUUCAUACUUUUGACGAUUGUUUUAGAUCAAUAUCGAUAUUUUAAAAUUCAUACUUGCCACCGGGGCAUAGAGGAAUGAAACAAAAGUAAUGAUUUUAUUAAUUACUGAGUCUCCAUAUGAAAUUGGUCCAUUUUGCGUUUCGAUAUUGGCUAAGUGGGGCUUGCAUGUUGGUUAUGUUAUUCUAUUUGUUAUAGCGAACAGCUUACCGACAUCACUCCCAGAAAGAAGAGAUUUUCUGCGUAGUUGUGAAAGAUUGGGCUGCAAAAACUUCUGCUUUGAGAAUUUCCAGUAGUCUAGAGGAGUAACUUUCACGGGUUGGGUUCUUUCAAUGGAUGAUUGAAAAAUUCAACAUUGGGAAAAAUGAUCGGUCAUGUCAGAAAUAUUAUGUCCGCUUGCAUAGUAUUCGCUGCACUUGUUUGUGAAGAUAUUGUAAAUAAGCGUUGCUGAAUUAUUAUCCACCAUGGUUGGUCGGGUUAUCAGUUGUCGCCAUGGCAUGGCUCUGUCGGCAAUUAAGAAGUUGUUAAGCAUAAUUACAAGUUUGGGCACGGAGAAUAUUUGUCUUAACACUGAUCAACUCAAAACGAAAUUUGGUUUACCUGUACCCCUAAAGCGAUCAACAGUUCCUUCAAAAUAGUCUAAAAAACGUUCUGCCGAUCUUACUUUGCCUAUAGAUGACACCAAGCCUAUGUCACCACAGCUAAAAUAACUUUGCAUUUUAAAUUGUAGUUCAUUCCACCGAGCAUGAAGUGCCUCACCUUAACGCUCACCUCCAUCAGAAGGAGGCGUUGGAACAAACUCAAAGUUGUAGCUAUGUAUGUUUGAAUUGAAAUGAAAAAAUGUUAUUAUAGAUUCUAAUUUCUGACACUGCAAUAAUAUUGAAAUGGAAAUCUAGUUCACUAAGAAUGUGACUUCAAAAUCACCCAACUUGCCUUUUAGGCUUCUUUGUAUGGGAAAAAGACAGCUUUCUUUAGACGGAUUCACCUGGUUUAAGUAACUGUUUUUAAAAAACCUCAGGAGGAAUAACAUUUACAACAACAAAUGCUUUUGAAUAAUCAAGUUUGAUCUGGACCCGCUAUAGACGUAUCGUCCUUUAGAUUAAAUCUAUCAAUAUCAAUAUCGUAGAUAUUGAUAUUGAUAUACUGCUCGGUCAGUCGCUGGAGGUAUUUUGUCCUCGAUGGUAAGAUAUUAUUUAACCAAGUUAAUACCAAUAUUAUAAGGCAGUUCACAGAACAAUUGUUUAGUCAACUUACUACUACUAUCUUUUCGUUGCCAUAAUGAAAAGUUAGGGAAAAAUGCCAAUCAUUAAACUUAUCUUGGAGUUUUUGUCACCAUCUCUAAUUCCUGCUGACCUGACAAUGUGAAGUGCUGUGAGAUCUUUUACUUUGAUGGCGCGGCUGUUCUCCGUGUACGGAAGAUAUCCUACAGAAUUUUUCGCCCAGGAGAAAGGGUUAAUUAUGUCGUCAAGGGGUUUCAGUAAGCCCCGACGACCGACGAAACGCGUCGGCUGCUUUGCUCAGAGAAGUCGCCCACUUUUUUCCUCAAAGAAGAAGCAGCUAGUUUAAAUGAUGUCGUAAGAAAAAUAGAAUUUGUUCACGUGCAAAUCUACGUAACCUGAUAAUUAUCAUUUGUUCUUGCUUGUAAGAGUUGAUUGUGUGGCUGAUAAAUCAAAAUUUAACUUGAAGUUCUAGCCAAAUUUUCUUGAAUGGAAAACAUGCUCUUUUCUACUCAUUCUAGUCCCCUGAACGAUAGAAAUCGCUUAUUAGCGCUUUGAAAUUUUAAAAUUUUCUGAGGAAGCAUGCCCCCAGACGCUCCUGGAAAAAGUGGACUACCGGCCCGUUGUUGAUACAUGCAGUCGGCCGUUAAUGUGUUCAGUUAAACCUGCUGGCUACCUCACUUUUUAUUGAAACCCCUGCGUGCCUUGAACAUGUUUUUUCUUCAACGUUUUUGCUUCCGCGAGAAGCCCCUGGAAUUUCGGCGUGAGGAGGGAGGUCUAGCAUCAUAGAAUUGGAUAAAUCCGCAGCGUCCCUGAAGCCCACGUCUUUUUGGUCGACUUUGGAGAUUUCUCGACGGUGUUACAUAAUUGACUUCUCACACUACUCGCCUUACAAACCUACAAAUAAUGGGUUUUGGACGGUCGAAGCGUUUCAUGGGAGCACUCAGUGAGCUAUUUCGAUAUCAAUUAUUCGAACGCAGAGAUUCGUCAUGUCCAUGGCAUUCUCGAUAGUUUCUGUCUCGGGAAUCCUCAGAAAUCUCGGGCACACCAACCAAUUUCACAUUAAAGUUUUAAACGUGUCGAACUAAAUUAUCAAUCUCAAUAGCCAUUUCGUCACUCGGCAACUAAUCGGCGCAAAAUAAAUCAAGUCGGUUACCAAAGGCCUUUAAAUCCACACAAAAGCCUUUCAGAUCGCCAUAUUCCACCCCAACAAAUUCUACCGAUUUCUCAGUUUCAAGAUGCGGUUUAUGGUCGCCAUGCGAACUACAGUCAGACACCUGACUUGGGUCACAGCUCUGGUACCUCCCUUUCUCCCUUCCGAUGUUGUUAAGUGACGGUUUUUUCGGUGAAGUUGUCCAACUGCGAGGCCAUGGUAGUAAUUCAAGAAACCCUCGUUAUAAUGUCACGAAUUUUAGAUUCAUAAGUCUUCAAAGAAUGCAGUUGAAGUCCGGCCAAUUCAACUUUCAAACUCUCGAUUUCUUUUUCCAAUUGUUCACUUUCUGAAGAGAUUUAAGAGUAGGACUGGCUUCCUUGUCAUUAAAGAUUGUCAAAAUUUUAGUCCUAGUACAGAGCUUGAAAGGCGUCUGUACAGUACCGGAACUGAUGCCACGUUCUCGUAGUUCAUUCUUUCGUUACUGGCCAAUUUACCCGCUGUGUUUAAGCUAAGAGUUUUGUAGAAAAAGAAUAAUAAAGAAGCAAUAAAACAAGCUAUUGAAUUAUAAAAGCAAAAACUAUAAAUCACCUUUUUUUAAUUCUUAAUGUUCAUAAAAGUAGAUUUGCCGACAACUUUGACAAACUGAGUCACUCGCUGUGCUUUACUUGCUCAAUCACAAUUACCUAAUAGCUUAGCUAAUCAAUCAUUCGAGUCAUUCGCCUUGCAUUUAACUCAUUUUUGACACAUGUAUGCAAAUGCUUGUUUAUUUGGCGUUAAAUUUUAGCGAUUCUGACCCACUAUAAAAGCGAACACCUGCAGCAUUGGCUCUCUUCUAUUGGCAGAGAGGCCACAUGAAAUUAUCGAAAUUAUCAAGCUGUCAAGCGCAUGUAAACCAAGUAGCCUUAUCAGGUUACCAGUGUCUAAGACAGUGUUUUUUGGUCUUACCAGGUGUGGACUACAAAGUCAGAAAAGAAGAAGGGACCGAUGAAAAUCUAGACGGCAUUAAGCACUCAUAUAUUAACACACCUCACAUCUUCGGAUAUAUAAUGUACAAAUGGUUUUAUAUUUAACUUAAGUGGUACCUUACUGUGGCGGCAAGACAAACUGGAUGAUGAAUUCGACAGAAACCUCGACACAAAAAGGCGAGGAAAUUGGCUCGGGCGAUGCUACAUGGAUUCUAACAAGUGCCUUCAUCAUUUUCACCAUGCAAUCCGGAUUCGGUCUUCUAGAAUCCGGCAUGGUCUCCAAGAAAAACGAAGCGAACAUAAUGGUCAAGAAUGCUGUUGAUGUUAUAUACGGCGGACUGUCAUACUGGCUUUUUGGGUUUGCUCUUAGCUUCGGUUUAAGCAGCCAUGGGAAUGCUUUCGCUGGUUACGGGCAUUUUCUGACGGACGCCCACGAGAGUGAAAUGGGGCAAGUGUUUUCAAAGUACUUUUUUCAGCUUUCGUUUUCAACGACUGCCACCACUAUUGUUUCCGGAGCCAUGGCUGAGAGAACAAACUUGAAGGCCUAUACCAUGUAUUCGUUCCUUAAUACUCUUACUUACACUAUCCCAGCGCAUUGGAUUUGGGAUGAAAAAGGUUGGCUUCAUACAAUGGGAGCAGUUGACAUUGCUGGCUGCGGAGCGGUCCACUUAGUCGGAGGUGUUAGCGGAUUGGUAGCGACGUUGAUGCUGAAACCACGCACGGGCCGAUUUGAUGCAGACGCGCCACCAAAACACAUGGCCUCUCCGACCAAUGUUCUCCUAGGAACGUUUAUGUUGUGGUGGGGCUGGUUGGGGUUUAACUGCGGAAGCACGUUUGGAAUUAGCGGCAUGAAGUGGAAAUUAGCCUCCAGGUACAUUACAAAAUGUAAUUUCUCCUAGCUUCUCAUAAGGGCUUCCGUACCCACGAAGAAUCCACUUUCCCACAACUAAUACUUGUCUACUAUGUUUGUAAUAUUGGGAAAAUGAAAACAACUUUGUAGAAAGAAAUUCUUUUGUGCAUCAACUGAAACAAACUUUUGAGAUUAAAAAAAACGAACUGUUUGGCAAUGAAAAAAAAUGCAAUUGAGUGUAUGAAUAGCUUAGUAAAUAAUAAAUUGCACUAGCAGCAAUCGGGGACUAGUACGUGCAUUCGAAUGUUUACCUCUGGAAUUGCGGUUGGUAAUGAAUGUCACCAAAGUGGGGAGGUCUGUACGAUUACGUGAAUUGUCAGGGGACGAGUUUAAUCAGGGAAAUGGGUUUGACAGAGCCACUUUCCUUUUCAUCAAGUCUACCGAAGUUAAUAUAACCCGAGUUUGAUAUAAGAAUGUUCUUGGAAUUUAACAACAAGAUAAUAUAUAUUUAAUUCCUCUAACAAACAGAACACAACACAACAUUUUUGAAAUUUAGCAUAGGUCUGUCUUGUGGGCGCAGAGAACGGCUUCUGGUAAUCGAGUCUUGAAUGUUUGAACCUGUUUCUUAAUUUCAUCUCGCCAACAGGGCAGCAGUUGUAACUAUCAAUGGUUCAAUAGGUGGAGGAGUUCUCGGAAUGGUGUACAGGUGGGUCAAGACAGUCAAACCGGUUAAACAUAUAGUGUGUUUCCAUUUUCUACCUCUCUUGGGAAUUUAUUUUCAUUACUUUUUUUUUUCCUGUGGGCUUACCUAAUUUUCUUGUAUAAUAUCAUGGGUGACAAAUUACUCCCUAAUUUUGACGCGAAAUUUCAGCGCUAAUUUAUAAUUUCAUGGCAACGUUCCGCACUUUUUAGUGCCAAGAUGGCUUCGAAGUUUUAUAAUGUAUGAAUGAAGAUAUCAGGGCAUUAAAAGAUGCUCUAGAAAACCUAAACACACGAAAGGACACAUUAAGAAGGAUUCUAACAGGUAUUUUGUCGAAAAAGUCAGAAGCUUGUUAGCUUAAAACAAAAUUUAUGCUCUAAACUUUUCAGUGCGUGGAGUUGUCGAUCCAAUAAACAACAAACGGCACGAUUGUGAGCGUAAUUUGUCACCCAUGACUCGUGAAAAUAGGGAAAGGCUCGGGAAAUUAUAACAACUUGGACAAAACGCGCUUGAAAUUAUUUUACUCGUCACCUUGUGGUUACUCAUACUUAUUUUAGCACAUUAGUAUUGUUUGUUAGUUUGUUUUUUUUUACGGGUUGAUUUAUAGCCUCCUGUCUGAAGAUAGUUUUCACCCUUAGAAUCACAGUGUGAUAGGAUUUGAGAAAAAAAAAAAAAAAAAAAAAAGGGGAAUCGGUUUGCUUCCCUCGACAUAAUUAUGCAUCUGGUCUUCUAAUUGUUUCCAUAACACUGUAAAAUUCCGAAAAUAAGCCCCGGGGCUUAUAUUUUUCAAAGGCCCUUUUUAAGGGGCUUAGUUUUGGAGGGGCUUAUCUACGGAGGGAGAUUUGCGUUUCAAAAUUGAUUGGGCUAGCCUUAUAGUUGGAAGUAAAUUUACCGUUUUUGCUUUUCACUUUGUAUUUGAGGGCAAUUUUCCAAGUACAAGCCCCUGGGGGCUUAUAUUUGGAGGGGCGAUUUAACGGAGGGUUUUUUGCGUUACCGAUUUGGAGGCUUAUUUUUGAAGGGGCUUAUACACGGAAGGGCUUAUUUGCGGAAUUUUACAGUAUCUCCUGGGACGGAGCAUUUUCGAAGACUUGAUCCUAGUAGUCGUCGAAAGAUUUCCUUAAGAAAACUAUUUAUUGAUGGCCGAUGCUUUAAUUUUUUUCUUUUCCUUAUAGUUAUAUUUGCUUUAAAAACAAGUUAGACAUUCCAAUAUUUGUGACUGGUAUUCUAGCGGGUCUCGUCAGUAUAACAGGUAUGUUAGCAAUGAUAGAAACAAUGAGACUUGGUACUUUCUUUUGUCUGUUUUACGUACUUACUCAGUUCAGUAUAGUCCAGUUUCGAAUUAAAAAUUACCGCUGAAUAUAAACAUUAACGACACAUUCAUACAGGGUUAGCCUCGACGUCAAGUAAAAUAUUCAGAAAUUCUGGCAAUUAAGUGUUUGAAAUUUGAAUACAGCUAUUUCGAAAAAGGUUGUUGUGCACGCGACAAUCCCGAAAGGUAAUAUGGGAUAUGAUCAUGACACUGUUUCUGACGACUGUACCUGUUGAACCUACUUUUGUUGCUUUCCUUUAGCAGUCGCAAACACAUUUUCACGGCCUUUCGUACCAAUUCUUUCGAAUUUCCUUAAAGAACAGUGAACUUAAAACCACCCACAAUGCCUUUCGGGAUUGUCACGUGCACUUUUUUCGACAACCUUUCUCGAAAUAGCUGUAUACACAAUAGAGCGUUUUCACAUGACGUCACGGCGGCCAUAUUGGUGUUCCAAAACAAUGAAACGGCAGCCAUGUUGGUGUCCCAAACCAAUCCUGUGGGAUUUGAACUCUUUUCUUAUGUAAACGCAUUCUUUUGUUCUAAUAAGUUAGCAUAGCUGCUGGCCACGUGAGUGAAAACGCUCUAUAGACAGAGUAAUAAACAGGUCUUUUUCUCGUUGGAAUUUGCGAAUAUGUUACUUCAGAUUGAGGCAAAGGCUGUAAAAAAUGCGUCUUCACUUCUUUAAUUCACCGGUCAUAGCGAACUCGAAAAUGGACUAUUGUCUUAGCUUUAUAGUGACAGGUCUCGUCGAAAACCACCCUUGGGUGAUGGUGACGACCUGUAUAAAGAUUUGAACUAUUAGUAGCAUUAUUAUCGUAGUUUAUUUAGUCAAUAAUUCUUCUCUUUGAAAUGGUUAUGGCCAAGAAGAGCUACAGUUCAGUAGUGACUAAAUAGUUUUUAUUUUGAAUAUCUCUAAAAACGGCAGGAGCUCAUAACUCCGGAGUUUCCAUCAGCUGCUAAAAAACGUCUCAAAAUGUUACACUUCCCUUUUAUUUUUAGAUUUUUCCCCUUUCUUUUUUGUUUUUUGUGUGUUUACAACGUCCAACAAUCCAGUAUGCCAGUUCGGUAUUCUUUUUGAACCUUGGUUCUUCAAAACGUGGACAAGCUUUCCAUGCUGGCUUUACUUAACUUGGCACUUUGGUAAUCUCAUCCGAUCCGCCAUUGCAGGAAAUCCUUAAUACUCUAGCCUGAUUAGCUGGGAGUUUUCGGGCCCGAAAAAUGAAUCUGUAAAUAGCCUGUAAGUCUAAAACGAUGUAAAAUCGAAGCUUUUAUGAGUGACUGAUGGUUAAUGAUUUUCAAUUUACUGUUGUUAUAUUUGACGCACUAUUUUUUUUUAUUUUUUCCCGAGAAGGUGCCCUCAUGGGAGAAUCUUCCCCCGCAUGAGUGAGACAUUAGGGGCCUGUUUCUCUAAAUUCCUGGUAACAGUUCGGGUCAAAUACUCAAGAUCUAAAGAAUGAAAGCGCAAGUCCUACAAUGAGGGCAUCUGUGUUGGGACACUAAUGCUCUAAUAUUAGUUACUUGCCUUUUUCUAACAAUCAAUUUCUCUGGUAUAAAUCACAUUCAUAAUGUAUAGACCCCUUGCUAAUGAUUAGAAUUACAAGUGAACUUUUCAAUGACAUGAUCUUUCUUUAAACAUAAAAUACAGGUGAUUCUUGUCAGUAGUAAAAUAAUGAUGCAUAGGUCUGGUAAAAAUAAAACUUUACAGUGAUCUUAUACCACAGGCUUCCCAACCAUCACUUUCCUUCCGUCUUCCUUGCAGCCAUUUGUUCGCUUGCGCGUCCUUGGGAAGCCAUAAUUAUUGGUGCGCUAGGUGCUCUGAUAGCGUGUCCCGGAUGUGCUCUUCUCGAGCGGCUGCGAAUCGAUGACCCUGUGGGCUGCGUUCCAACACACGGAUUGGCGGGAAUCUGGGGCUUAAUUUCAGUCGCCUUGUUUGCAGAGAAAGAUAUCCUGGAAAAACGUUUCUCUGACGAGUUUGGUAUUUUUAAGGGAGGUCCUUGGCGCUUUUUAGGCGUGCAAAUGCUCAUGGUGGUAGCAGUUUCUGCUUGGUCAGCGGUCACUACUUUCGUGGAAUUACUUUUUGUCGAUAAGCUGCUGGGAUUGCGCAUGACCUUGGAAGAUGAGCUAUUGGGAGCUGACAAAGUUGAGCAUGGUAUCGAAGACCACGAGCCAUCAUUGCAGAGCAGCUAUUAUAGUGCAAAUGAGAAUGGUCAAGAAGCAAUUAAACCUGCAGAGUUAAAUGUAAAUCAGUUACAAAUAAGCGGAGAGAGUACAGAUGCAAUGCAGGAAAGAGAAAAUGGAGGUAACUUUCCAUUGGAAACUGUCCACACUCGGCGAAAACUUCUUCGACUAAAAUUUCGAAGAGCUCUGUCACUUAAGACUCCUAAACAAAACGAUCACUCAACCAACGGUGUUUUUACCAUGAAAGAUUCAUAUGCUAACGGCAGAGUAGGCGUUAACACGGAAUAUGUUAGCGAAUUUGACAAUCAUUAUACCCUGGAAUAUGGAAACCCAGCGAAAAAGAACGGAAGUGUGAUAAUAAAACAAAGCAGCAAUGAUGUUCCACCUUGCUGAUUUUGAACCGUUUCUACGGUCUACUGUAAAUAAAUCACCCGUCAUUUUGCUUACGGACAAGCUUGAUGAGUCCUUUCACCUCUUGGCCAAUCGUGCACUUUUCUUUUCCUCUUCUGAAAAGCAGCUCCCCGCCCUCUAAAGUUAGUCAUCCUGGCUUUUUGUUUUUUACGAGAUAUCGUCACAGACUCAUAGAGCCGUGCAGUCAAGACAUCCUGAAGUUACAAGUAUGGAUUAUAGGGCCAAUCUUCUUUAAUUACCUUACUACGUUUUGAUUAGUCACUGUCCUAAGACUGCUUUAUAGCCGAAUGCGAAGAAAGAGCAAUAUGUUAGUACCUUAGUAAAGUGAGGAACAGAGCUUUAAAACAGUGACAAACAAGCAGAUAUAGAAAGGAAUAGUUUUCCUGCUCACUCCAAUAACCAUUAAAAAGGUAUAAAAAAUCUUUUAUUC